AUGACACCAAAACAAGUGGAAAAUUGGAUCCAAUUUAGUGACUGUGUGAUUAAUGAUGUAACUCAUAAGACCAAUCGGUAUGGAAUGGCUGUCACUUUUUGUGGGUUUAAUCGGAAUAGGCAAAACAUUUUGCUUGCACAAGGUCUGCUCGUGGAUGAAAGUUUAGAUUCUCAUGCUUGGAU